AUGGAAAUUAUUAAAGCUAAUUAUAAACUUAAAAAGUUAGAAAAUAAAUAUAAAAACAUUGGAGAAAGUAUAAUUAAAAUUGAAGAAAAGAAGAAAAAGGAACCUUAUCAAAGAACCUUUCAAGAAUUUGAUGAAUUUGAACAAAACCUUACAGCAAUUUCUGAUGAAUUUGAAAAUAAUCAAAAACAUGCUCUAUUAAAUUUGGUCAAGGGGUUUAAUGACAACAAAGUGGAAGAUGAUCAAUUAUUAGUAUCAAAAAUUGAAAUUGUUCAUUUAUAUCAACGAUUUAAAAAUAAUUUGUCUAUAUUUGACACGAAUGAAAUUUUAGAAAGAUCUGGUAAAAUUGGUUUACCAACAUCUUUAAAACAUUUCACUUUAUCUGCUUAUCAAAGAACCUUUCAAGAAUUUGAUGAAUUUGAACAAAACCUUACAGCAAUUUCUGAUGAAUUUGAAAAUAAUCAAAAACAUGCUCUAUUAAAUUUGGUCAAGGGGUUUAAUGACAACAAAGUGGAAGAUGAUCAUGAUGAGAAAGAUGAAAAACCUCAAGAAAUCACAAAUAAUAAUGAUGUUGAAAGAAAAAACAAGAGAAAAAUUGAAAAAGAAGUGGAAGGUGAGGAGGUAUCUACUUCAAAAAAAGUGAAAUAUGUUGCUGCAGGUGCAGGUAUUGCAGGCCUACUUAGUUUGGCGCCUUGGGUUUUAGAUAACUUGCCAUUACUUCAACAACAUCUUCAAAACCUUCCAUUUAUUUAA